AUGAGCUCGUCGCAAUCGGAACGAGAAUUCGGCAACGAGAUCGGCAACACGAUGACCGCCUCGCAGGAAUUGAGCACCAGCGCCGACGCGGUUUUGUGUAAAAAUCUCGACUCGCUGCCCGACAAGACUCCGUCGAUGGAGAAAAUCACGAAUGGCGGUGAAACGUCGACUUCGCUGCUAUCUAAUGCGCUCGCCACUGAAAUCUACACAAUAGUUCAUAAUAGUAAUUCGGAUCUCGAUGAGUUGAUGGAAGACGUCGAAGAUCACAUUGAAGACUUUUUCAUCGGCGAAACUGUAAUCAAUUCGGGUAAAGAAUACAUAAUCGAGAGCAAAGAGCGACGAGGUGGUCUCGUUAUGUACACAAUGACUGACGGCACGAAAAUUGGUCAUCGAGAUUUGAGGCGAAAAAAGGGAAUUUCGACUGAUUUUCUACGAAAAUUGAUUGAAACGCACGCGAAAUUUGAUGGAAAAUGUUGGAAAAUCGACGACGACACACGAAAAUUGUACGACAUCAAAGAGAAUGUUGUUGAACAGAAAUUGGCGCCGAUUUUUUGCCGAAAGUCGUCGGAGAAUGCGAAAAAAGAAUCCGAUUCGUCGGAUGAGGAAAAUGUGGAAUCGAGCGAACGACGCCUGGCAUUCAACGGACGCGCUUCUGGAGGCAUCGCACCUUCGUCGAAAUUCAAAAAAAUGCAGGAAAAGCUGAAAAAGAACGAGGAGCGCAAAAAAUUGAAAGAGCAAAAACUGAAAGAGAAAGAAGAGGAGAAACAGCGAAAAAUCGAGGAGAAGCUGAAAGAAAAAGCGAAAAAAGCCGAAGCAAAGACGAAUGCGAAAAAAUCGUCGUCGAACGGCGGCGGAAUUGGGCAGUUUUUGACGAAGACGCCGAAUUCGAAGACGUCAUCUGGAGUCGAAACAGGAACACCGUCGGUUUGGGCGGCGAAACGAUUGAAGAAUGCGACGAAUCGAUUGGAAGAGGCUUGGAAGAAGCGAGAUUCGGAACAAUUCAAUGAAGCUUGCGCAUAUUGCGAGAGCCAAUUGUCGAAAAAUCAGAUCAAGAACAUUGAGAAUCCGAUUUGGAGGUUUGCUGUUCAGAAAAUUGUCGACAGAAAUGCCGAUAAGGCACUCAUGAAGAACAUGAAGCCGGAAAAACGGAAGGAAUAUCGACAGCAGAUGUUGGAAAGACGACGAGACGAGUACCGAUUGAUGGAAUCUCGCAUUCGAGCACAUUUCUCGGAGGUGUGCUUCGAAGAGGAUUUGACGAUCACGUCGGAGAAAUUGCGAAUCGAAAUGUGCGAACAGCUCGAGAAUCCCGAAAUUGCGGCACGUUGCCUCGAAAUUUGCGAGUUUUUCGUGUCGAUGAAGGAGAUUAUGAAUUUUUCGGAGAGAAUUACAGCGAACGAUUUGAGUAACUCGUUCAAAACUGGGCGUGAGGGAUUCGAGAAGUACACUUGGAAAAUUUAUGACUGUCUACUCGAGAAUUUGCUGCAGAAUGAAACUUAUGCUAAAAUUGCGCAUAUGAAUGCGCGAUUGCGCGAAUUUCCGCUGAAUGUGAACACGAUCACCGAAGCGACGCGAGCGUUUCUCGUCAGAUCGUUUGAAACAAGGAAUAUUCCGGAUUCGGUCGAUGAUGAAGAGGAUGAUGAGUCGAAACUGAAAAAGGAAGAAAUUGAGGAGAAUAUGGAAUUUGAUGAGAUUUACGAAGGAACUGAAGCGAAUGGAGAAGUUCAAACUCGCCAAAAAUUAUUGGAAUUUUUCAAUGACGGCAAAUGUUUGGAGGAUUUUCCUGCUGAGCAUCACCUCGAGCUCAUUGAGCACCUCAUUCAGCUCCUAAUCGAUUCGCAAAUUGUUCGUGACGCUUUCAACGCCGAGCCGGAUAGCAUCGAGAAGUAUCGGUCAAAAAUUCGGGCGUUUCAAACGAAAAUUGACGAAACAACGACGGAAAUUGGUGAAAUUCCCGUCGAGACGCGAAAUAUUGAGAUGUUGUCGCGAAAAGAAACGAAGGAGAUCGAAAUGCGCGCGAAAAGGAAGGAGCAUCUCGAGAGGAAGUUGAUCGAUCUCAAAGAGGAGCUCCAAAUUUUGAACUCCAAAAUGGCGACUGAGAAGGAUCUUUUUAUGCGAGUUUUCCGUGUUCCGUGUAUCGGACAGGAUCGCCAUUUACGGAAAUACUAUUGGACGGCUUAUAAUCGAGAUGGUGGCAUUUGGGUGCAAGAUUUUGGCACACUGAAUUAUGAGAAAUGGGUUCGAAAAUGCGUCGAGCAGAAGCUCGACGUCGAUGGUCCCAUUGAGAGUUUGCCGAAAUUUGAGCCCGAUGAGAAGAUUGAGGAGAAAUGGUACCGAAUCAGCAAUAUCGAUGAGCUCGAAAAUCUCAAAAAUCAAUUAUUGAAGAGUGGUCGACGCGAAGGAGAGCUUUAUAAGUUCUUGAAAGCGAAUUUGGAAGAUAUUCGGGGAAGCAUCACACGCGAUUUUGGCAGGCAGUUCAAUCGUUCGCCGAGCCCUGAAGAACACGAGCCAUAUUUGGGUGUAUUUGGAGCAUUCAAGGUGCAAUUGAUGGCGUUUUUGAAGGAUUUGGUCGAGAGCAAAAUGACGAGUUUGUCGAAUGUCGAGGAAAUUGCGGCGAAUUUGGAAAACGCGAACGAUUUGCAGAAAUUGAAGUCGAUUUUCCGUGAGAUUUUUGAUGCAAUUCUGCCAUCGUUUAUUACAUAUCGUCAUAGUGGCGCGUAUGCAGCGUCGACGAAGCAUUUUUCGAUUUUGCAACCACAUCGUUUCCAACAGCAAAUUGCGUCGGCUUUGAAUGUGUCUGCUCUUCAUUUGUUGCUCGAAUAUCUCGAUGGACGAAUCAAAUGGGAGAAUUCGAUCAACCAACAGAGAUGCCUUGUUUGUCGUCGAAAAGAUGAAUCGGCACAAAAAAUGCGAUGCCGGAAUUGCAUUGAUGUCUACCAUUAUUCGUGUGUUCGUCCGAGAAUCACAUUAGCACAAUUUGAGGAUUCGUCGUUUGUUGAAAACUGGCUGUGCGGUCGAUGUCGAAGCGCAGAAAUUCGAAAGAAGCGACAGGAGCGAAUUGAGAAAACUGAGGAUGACGACGACAGCGGCGACGACGACGACGAGGAGGAGGAGAAGCAGCGACGAGGCGACCAAUCGGAUUCGUCGCCAGCGUUGUCUGACGUUGAAGGCGACGACGAUGACGACAGAAUGCACACAUAUUCACGAAAGGCCAAGAAGAGGGCGAACACGGCGAUGGCGGCGAUGGUGCAAUACGAGAAGAACGGCACGAUUGGUGGUAGUGAGCCGUUGCCCAAAAGGCGUUUGAUUAAAAAGGAUGUUCAAGAGUUCUUCGAAAGCAUCGAAAACGCGAAUCCGCGCCUGUAUCGACUACUCAUCUACGUGCCUUCUGGCGGGCGCGAGAUUCUCAACGGACGCGGCGAGCUCGAUUUGAAUGGAAUCGAGAACAAUUUGAAAUUGUACCGAACGGUUUCGGAUCUGCGCGACGACGUCACUGCAUUUUUCCGGAACGCCCGAAAUUACAUUGAAACUCACAAUAAUCGAAAACUCGACGAGCUCGACCUGAUGAUCUCGAAAUUGGAGCUCGAUGUUUAG